UUGCACUUAUUCGUAAUUCUUUAAUACUUGAGUACAGCAAGUAAAACCUUAUAUAUAGAUAUAUUCUAUAUAUAUGUAUAUUUUAUAUGUUGUACCUGCUGGAUGUGUUGUCAUUGCAACGACGAGUGAUCAUUUGUACGACGUGUUGACGUUAUGGAAUAGUUGUCCCUAUAGGUCGUAGUUUUUAGUAAGAUAAUUCUAUUCACAAAAAAAUCAAGUUGUCUAUAAACUUCUGCUUCUGUGAACAUAUUUCCCAUAAACAUGUUCACGUAACGGGCCUAGUCGGCAUUCCAACGUUUUUGCAGGAUUUUCAUUGAUGAAUUCAUAAUUUUUCUAUUUAAUGGAUAAAUAAACGUUUUUGAAUUUAAUUGACAAGAAAUCUGUUGGCAAGUGAACAUUGUUUAAAAGGAACAUUUGGCAUAUUUUCAGCAGUUUGAGUUCAAGUGAAGAUGUCAGAGGCCAAAGAUAAAUCCAGUUUUAAUAUUGAUGUUGUUUUGCCUCAACAAGGACUGCUGUAUUCCGAACACACAUUUGAUUACAUACUUUGCAAACCAAAGCUAAUGCCCCUAAAGUCUGUUACUUUAGAAAAGCUUGAGAAGAUGCAAAAAGAAGCAGAUGAAAAACUAAAAGAAAUGCAAGAACAAGAUCAAGUUACUGGAGUACAUUGACUGCAGCACUAUUAAAUCUUU